GAAGAAGAAGAAGAAGAAGAAGAAGAAGAAGAAGAAGAAGAAGAAGAAGAAGAAGAAGAAGAAGAAGAAGAAGAAGAAGAAGAAGAAGAAGAAGAAGAAGAAGAAGAAGAAGAAGAAGAAGAAGAAGAAGAAGAAGAAGAAGAAGAAGAAGAAGAAGAAGAAGAAGAAGAAGAAGAAGAAGAAGAAGAAGAAGAAGAAGAAGAAGAAGAAGAAGAAGAAGAAGAAGAAGAAGAAGAAGAAGAAGAAGAAGAAGAAGAAGAAGAAGAAGAAGAAGAAGAAGAAGAAGAAGAAGAAGAAGAAGAAGAAGAAGAAGAAGAAGAAGAAGAAGAAGAAGAAGAAGAAGAAGAAGAAGAAGAAGAAGAAGAAGAAGAAGAAGAAGAAGAAGAAGAAGAAGAAGAAGAAGAAGAAGAAGAAGAAGAAGAAGAAGAAGAAGAAGAAGAAGAAGAAGAAGAAGAAGAAGAAGAAGAAGAAGAAGAAGAAGAAGAAGAAGAAGAAGAAGAAGAAGAAGAAGAAGAAGAAGAAGAAGAAGAAGAAGAAGAAGAAGAAGAAGAAGAAGAAGAAGAAGAAGAAGAAGAAGAAGAAGAAGAAGAAGAAGAAGAAGAAGAAGAAGAAGAAGAAGAAGAAGAAGAAGAAGAAGAAGAAGAAGAAGAAGAAGAAGAAGAAGAAGAAGAAGAAGAAGAAGAAGAAGAAGAAGAAGAAGAAGAAGAAGAAGAAGAAGAAGAAGAAGAAGAAGAAGAAGAAGAAGAAGAAGAAGAAGAAGAAGAAGAAGAAGAAGAAGAAGAAGAAGAAGAAGAAGAAGAAGAAGAAGAAGAAGAAGAAGAAGAAGAAGAAGAAGAAGAAGAAGAAGAAGAAGAAGAAGAAGAAGAAGAAGAAGAAGAAGAAGAAGAAGAAGAAGAAGAAGAAGAAGAAGAAGAAGAAGAAGAAGAAGAAGAAGAAGAAGAAGAAGAAGAAGAAGAAGAAGAAGAAGAAGAAGAAGAAGAAGAAGAAGAAGAAGAAGAAGAAGAAGAAGAAGAAGAAGAAGAAGAAGAAGAAGAAGAAGAAGAAGAAGAAGAAGAAGAAGAAGAAGAAGAAGAAGAAGAAGAAGAAGAAGAAGAAGAAGAAGAAGAAGAAGAAGAAGAAGAAGAAGAAGAAGAAGAAGAAGAAGAAGAAGAAGAAGAAGAAGAUCUCCCACAGACUCACCUCCCUCAACUACACCCUUGUGAGAUUUAG